CUUGAGGCCUUCGAAAUGUCGGAAGAAGCGAAGAAGUGGCGCGCAAAAGACCCUUUGAACCGGACGGAAAUCGCAGCGAAGUUGCGGGACAAGGACUGUGUGAACGUGGUGCGCCGGUCGGGCCGGUUGAAACGCUUCGUGCCCGAGCGGGUCUGGCGGCAGAUCUACACGUAUGCAAACUCGAACGCGGAAACAUACCACAAAAUGGACGGCCACACGAUCCAUUUCGCCGGAAGCUCCCUCCCCUCCAUGCCGCGCGUACCGGAGGCGAACAAAUCUGGAGAGCUGACCGAUCGUCAUCCGAUCGACGUCGCCGUCUCAGUUGCCGCCACCUCGGUGAACCUGAGUUCGAACACGGAUGCCCUCAGCUUUGACAUUCUGCUGGAUUCGACCAUCCAGAUUUGCAACAGGCUGUGCGCCCCGUUGGUCGUCAGUGCUCAGGGCGCCCGGUUCUCCGAGGACCACACUCAACUGGAGAAGCAGCACCGCAGUUCUCAGAUGCGCAACCGAAGUCUCCUAAUCGCAGAAGCAGCGAGCUCGCCCGACGACCGCAGCUUUAACGAGCAGACCCCUGCAGACGACGCGACGGCGUACGACGCUAGGCGACCUGGCUCCCCCGGCAUGCACACGACAUUGCGAAAAAUGGCCACGGCAAGCCGCGCCAGCGGUGAAGUUUUGCAGCGGCAGCACACGCUGCCACCCGGAGCUAAUGCGGAGUUGAAGCACUCACCCUUCCUGCUCACCUUCGCCUUCAACCAGGGUACGGAGACGUUCAAAACGCAGUACCCUUUGGUUCUCGACUACCACAUGCGCUCGGCGGAGAAGCCGCACCGCCUGCACUUCCGCAACCGCGAGCCGGAUGUUUUGGCCCCGGGCGACGUUGCGGAGCUGAGAAGGACGGACUCAGAAAGAGCGGCCGGGAAGAAAUCUUGGGCAGCAUGUUGUAGCCGGAGGACUGGUCCUAGAACGCUGGACAACGAGGACGAUCCGUUUGCCGCAUCCAGCAGAGACGACAGUACAUCGAUUUCCGUGCUGUACACGUGUGACAACGCACCGGAGCGACAGCUCCCAAACCAGAUCGCGUCGGAUGUUUUCUUCUGGCCGAGUCCGAUCAUGCAGGUUUCCGUCUACGCUUCGUACUGGGUCGUGAACCGGCGCAGCGACCUCGACUUCUUCGUCGCGCACGGCACGCCGCAGCUGGACAGUAACCGGCCGGCGUACCAGGUGCGCGCGAACACGCGCAUGAUUCUGUCCGAGGACCACAUUCAGCGCAAGGGCCUGUUGUCCGAGGUGCGGGAAAUCCAGGUGGGCGUAACAAACCAGUUCAUGCGUGGCCUGGACCUCGGCCCAGCCGGCGGGGGCAAAAGCUACAUCCCGAGUGCGCAAAACCCGGGAAGACACUCGCUAUUGUCAAAUGCCUCCGCAACGUCAAACAAGGCGCAGCUAAAGCGUCAAGUCACCGCACGAGCCAUAUCGGGUGCCGCGUCGACGGAGAAGGCGCCGCUCUACAUGAUGUCGCACCCGUUCCCGGUGAAGCAGGUGACGACGGGGGGCAUGGUGGUGGUUCCGAAGACGAUGUAUAACCCGAUCCAACGCGUUUUUGGAUACUCCGUGAAUACCGCUCCGUUCCCCUUUUACCGCACGCUCGUGAUCGAGAUGGUUCGGGCCGUCACGCUGGUGAACCACAAGCGGCACCCCAUCUGGGUGCGCUCUAAGGGCGAGGCCGGGUACCAGAAGGUCGACCCGCACCAGCAGGCGCAGUGGGACCCGCAGAGUGACGCACUGAUGAAGGAGAUCCAGUACGCACGGAGUCGCGGGAAGCCCAUGGACGAAAAGAAAAUUUUGGAACACGUCCAGCUACGCAUCACCGGGGACACGGACAAACACUACAGUAGCAGCUUCUCGAUUCUGGAGCACGAGUGCUUCCAGCUCUCCACCGCUAUUUCGGAAGAGGACCUGCCUCUUGCGAGCAUGCGUAUCAUAACUCGACGAGGGGAGCUGCAGCGGCGAGAACGGAGCAAACAGUUGCGGCGCCGCAACUCCAACGGACGGUCGAGGUUCGGCCUCAACAUAAAC